AAAAGCAAUGGACUGAAUGCAGUGAGAAUUCCAGUUGGAUGGUGGAUUGCUAGUGACCCAACACCCCCAAAGCCCUAUGUUGGAGGCUCAUUGCAAGCCUUAGACAAUGCCUUUCUUUGGGCCAGGAAAUAUGGACUUAAAGUAAUAAUAGAUCUGCAUGCUGCACCUGGUUCUCAAAAUCCCUGGGAGCACAGAGAUGGUACUAUAGAAUGGGGAAAAACUAAUGACACCAUUCAUCAGACAGUUGAAGUAAUUGACUUCCUAACUUCCAGGUAUGCCAAGAAUCCAAGCCUAUAUGCAGUGGAAUUAAUCAAUGAGCCACUAGCACCUGAAGUUACAUUAGACAUGGUCAAAAAAUACUACCAAGCUGGAUACAACGCAGUCCGUAAAUAUUCUUCGACAGCAUAUGUAGUUAUGUCCAACAGAUUAGGACCUGCAGAUUCAACUGAACUUUUGACAUUUGCCAGUGGCUUAAAGGGAUCUGUAAUUGAUGUUCAUUACUACAACCUUUUCUCUAGCAUGUUUGACAACAUGUCUGUCCAGCAAAAUCUUGAUUUUGUCAACACUAACCGUUCUGCUGAGCUCAAUACUGUCACCCAAUCUCAUGGUCCUCUCACUUUUGUUGGGGAAUGGGUUGCUGAAUGGCAAGUCAGAGAUGCAACAAAGGAGGAUUACCAAAAAUUUGCCAAGGCGCAAUUGGAGGUGUUCGGACGUGCAACAUUUGGUUGGGCUUAUUGGACACUCAAAAAUGUCAACAACCAUUGGAGUAUGGAGUGGAUGAUCAAGAAUGGCUAUAUCAAGCUUUAAAUUGUUUAGAUUAUUGACUGAUUAAUAAUCAUAUUGGGUCAACCCAAAUUUCCCUAUGUCAAAGCCAUUCUAUUAAGAUAGAUGUUAUUAAUCAUAAACUUUGAGGAAACAGCUCAAAGGGUCAACUUGUUACAACAUUGUGGAGAUCUUCGGUAACAAAGAUGCAUCAUUAUAUAUAAAGACUGCUUUCUCUGUG